UGAUCGACUGCCCUGCCAAUUUUCAAGAAAACGGGCCGUCUUGUUGCAUUUCCUUGACGAAACUUGUUCACUGGGUCUUCUCUGGUAGCUCCGCACCAGCUGUAUAAGCCGCGGGCAGCCAACAGUUACGCUAACACAUCCCCAGAGCAGCAUGCUCUGGCCAACGAUGAUCCUAAGCGCUCACGCCGUCACUUUUGCUCCUAAAGCACUCAAGUUCCCGUCUCGCGCGACGCCGCCAGCGGACGUCGUCGUCGCACAGCUGGACGCGCUUCGACGAAACGACGUCGCCCGGACCUACGAGCUCUUCUCGCGCGCUCGUAGGCUCGCCAUCGACGAGGCGGCGCGAGGCGACGCCCGCCACUACGAGGUGUCGCGCGAAGUCGUUCUGCAAAAGCUCGAGAUAGCGCUGCGCGAUUCGUGCCCGGGACUGAUCGGCCACGACAGGUACGAGAUCUCCUCGUCGCUCGCGAUCCGCGAAUACGAUGGCGUGCACCUGCCGCAGUGGCGAUGUCGCGUCCGGUGCCGGACCGGUUCCAGGACGCGGGCCUUCAUUUUCCACUGCACGCGCCAAAGCGACCCGCCCCCUCCAACAAUAGACUUCGACGAUCGGUUCGACGAGUCCCGUCUCAUCGACGGCUUCGAGGGCUGCUGGUUCGUCUGGCGGAUCGAGCCCGACGACCGGGGCUUAGCCGUCGCCGCGCCGGCGCCGGCGCGGCUCGUGCCCGCGUAAUUGAACAUAGAUGUGGC